GUUGACCAAUGGCGGAAGGAAGUGGGUGGGGCGGCGGCUGUUCCCCGUUCCGGGGCCUCAGUUAGAGAAUGGCAGCGGUUGGCUGCAGCUCUCCCGGUGUUACGGGCCCCGGAGGGGCGACCGGGGAGCUCACUCAGCGUAGGAAACGAGGUAGUGAUUCUCGCCGCAGGCAGGCUGCUUUGUUCUUCCUUAAUAACAUCUCUCUGGAUGGAAGGCCCCUGUGCCCUGUGCCUCCGCCGGCCUGGGAUGUACCGGAGCCCUCCUGCUUCACUCCGCCUGCCAACGGGCCCCGUAUUCUGCUCUCCCGGGACACCCCCCUGCGUCCAGAAUCAGAGGAGACCCCCAGGGUUAAGAAAGGUUCUCAGUCCCCGGGGCACCUCCAGACCCACAACUGCCAAACUGUGGAGAAGCAGCGAAAACGUCAUGUUUCUCAGCGCUGCUCGCUAGAGUUAAUAGAUGACACAGAGGAAUGUGCUACUUUUCAGAGGCCCAAGUACCUCGCCGAGUCUCCACGAAGUUCUGUUCUGAGAAAGAUUCAUUUCAUUAAGAGCAUGAGACAGUACGACAUCCGCAACAGCAGAAUAGUCUUGAUUUGUGCUAAAAGGUCCCUCUGCGGAGCAUUUUCUGUCUUGCCAUAUGGAGAAAGCCUACGGCUCAGUGAACUGCGAGCUGAUGGGACAAGGCAGCGACAUCCGUCCGGUGGGGUUUCGAAUGCUAGCGACUCCAUAUUUGGAAUGGAAGGUGUGGAACUUGGAGUCGAAGGAGAGACCGUUUCCUAUGCCAGGUUUCUCUACCCUACAAAUGCACUCGUCAGCAAGAAGUGCGAAGGACAAACUCCUGCACCCCCUCACAGAGUCAGCUCCUACGACUCGGCCAAACGGAAUCAUUCAUCUGCGAGGUUUAUUCCUGUGACCUCUGGACCUGAAUUAGAAUCCGGAGAGAGUGUGGAAUAUGACCCCAAUAUUCUGGACGAUCCUCAGUGGCCAUGUGGAAAGCACAAACGUGUUCUUAUCUUUGCCUCCUACAUGACUACGGUUAUUGAAUAUGUAAAACCAGGCGACUUGAAAAAAGAUAUGAACGAAACCUUCAAGGAGAAGUUCCCCUAUGUAAAGCUGACUUUGAGCAAGAUCAGGAGUUUGAAGCGUGAGAUGAGGAACGUGGCCAAAGAGUGUAACCUGGAGCCUGUCACUGUGGCAAUGUCCUAUGUGUAUUUUGAGAAGCUCGUUUUACAGGGCAGGGUGAACAAGCAAAAUCGCAAGUUGAGUGCAGGGGCCUGCGUCUUACUUGCUGCUAAGAUAAGCAGUGAUUUUAAAAAGCCAGAGCUGAAGCAUUUGUUGGAUAAGCUUGAAGAACGCUUCAGAGCCAACCGAAGGGACCUUGUGGGUUUUGAACUGACUGUGCUUGUUGCUAUGGAGCUGGCUCUCUACCUCCCAGAGGCCCAUGUAUUACCUCACUUUCGCCGUUUGACCAGGCAGCAGUAGGGGGAACCAUUGUUUGAUUUAGACAUGCACCUGUGAAUCUGUAGGUUACUGCCACAGAGCAGUGGCCUCUUGCUCUCUGUGUAAAGGGGGACUACUUGUUGCAACCCAUGAAAUAGUUGUCACUGAAUCAUCACAAGGCCAGUGUAUCUUCUUUAUAGUUGUAUGCAACAGCAGAUAUGUGCCAUUACCUGGUUAGCACAUAUCCCAAUAUAGUGUCACAUUGUGUGAUUUUUAGAUCUUAUUUUUAACCAGAUAUGUCAACACACACAACUUCUAGAAAUUCUUGUUCAAUGGCAUUUCCUACUUAAAACGUGCUUGCCCUUGAACAAAGGUAAACAUUGAAAAAGGUUCCCUAAUAUGAAACAAAUACUCAAAAGCACAUUUCAGUGCCUUUGUGACAGGCCUAGCAUUAAAGAUAGUCAAGGCUUUAUUUUUUUAGCGAGCGUUUUGCCGCUUGAGUUUUACAUUUCAGAGACGACAAGUUAUUUAUAUAUAUAUUUUUUUUUUUUUACAACCAUUCAGCUUAUAGCUUAGCCAAGAAUAAGCAUGUGAGCUAGGGGGUUAAAAGGCAAUAAAGCGCAUCUUCCACAAGGUUUAUUUUUUAUACAUUUGAGAGAGGUUUCUGCAGAUCUGGUGCCUUGUGAUAUGUCUCUUUAUCUUUUAUUUGUUAUACGUUUCAAAAUGCAAAUACCAGUUGCUUCCUUGCAUUCGUCAUGGGUAAAAGAAACGGUAAAGUAAUAUGCAUAUGUGUUUUAAGAAAAAGAUGUGCCUAAAUUAAACUGGUCUGGUACCAGCUCUUUAUUUAUUA